AUGACGGGAUCUGAGGACAAGUCUGCUGAUUCUAAAAGUGAGGAUACCGCGCAGACUGAGGUGUCGGAGCUCAAAUCGGAAGAAGUUGCUUCGACAAAGUCUGAAGCCGAUCUUCAGCCAACUGCGGAGGCAGCCAAAGAACCGGAAAAGUCCAGUGACCAACCUGCAGUUGAGCCGACAGCCGAUGAAUCAGCCAAAAGCAAUGACGCAGAGAAAACUGAGGAGCCUACAACUGAGCCGGCCGCUACCUCGCGCAAACGAAGCCGAUCAUCCUCACCGGUUCCGAAAUCGGAGUCUGCCGAGCAAGUUAAAGAAGAGUCUAGUGUAUCUAAAAGGGUUCGGUCGGAUUCAGUGACUGAAAAGAAGGCCGAUCCGACAGAGACUGCUGAAGCGGGUGAGGCUGCUGCACCGACAGAGUCUGCUAACGACAGCGCGACUGACGAACCCGCCGGUGAUGAAUCGAAAAAAGAGUCUGAAGAGGUAGAAGCAAAGAGUGAAGAAAAGGUCGCCACACCAGCAGUCGCUGCUGGUACAAAAGAAAAUGAAGACAGCAAAGAAGCAAACAGCAAGAACGGAUCGGGCCUCGCUGCCAGUGCGUCCAAGCCGUUCAGCUUUUACUCGUCGUCGUCUGGAGCCUCGGCAUUCGGUGGUGCUCCGGUGAAACCAGCGUCGUCGCUUGCGUUUGGGUCGUCGAUAUUCGGAUCAAAGAGCUCGGAUUCUUCGGCUCCAAAACCGUUUUCCUCAUUCACAUCUUCAAAUCCUUUCCUAAGUGCAUUCAGCGGCACCCCCAAGAAGAAAGAGACAGAAGAAGACAAAGAAGACGCGAAGGACGAGAAUAGCGAGAAUCCAGAGACCGACGACAUGACAGGCGACUUUGAGCCAUACGUACAACUCAAGCUCGAAGAAAAGAAAAUCGAAACCGGGGAAGAGAUGGAGACUUCUAUAUUUAGCUGUCGCGCAAAGCUCUACGCUCUGGAUCCUACCAAGACAGCAGAGGGCUGGAAAGAGCGCGGCGUAGGAGUUUUACAUCUCAACGUGAAGAAGAACGCUGAAGCAGAGCCGGAGCCAGAAGCAGCGGCAGACUCUUCCGAGCCCACAAGUAAAGAAUCAACACCGGCCUCGCGCGCUCGGCAAUCCAAGGCGCGGAUCGUUAUGCGGUCAGACGGCGUCCUUCGCGUGAUUCUCAAUCUACCGAUAUACAAAGGAAUCGAGGUUAUGCCUGGUAUGAAGAGUUCAAUGGCUAGCGAGAAGUUCAUUCGCAUCUCGGCGUUUGAGAGCAGCUUGCCUAUGCAGUAUGCCUUGAAGAUGGGGCAGGAGGCUACUGCCAAAGAACUGUUUGAGCAUAUAAAGAAGCAGAUGAGCUCGUAG